AGUCAAUUUUCCCCUUAUAUAAGCAACUACCCUCACCUUCUCAAUAUUCUUUUUUAUUCUCUCUUCUCAGAUCCAGUUUUGGAUUUUUAUUUCUCCUGCUCUUAGAUCUCCAAAGUUUUCACCGACAUCUACGGAGUUCGAGUUUUAGUUCGUUUUCUCUCAAAGUUUGAAUCUUUUAUACUUUUCUUGUCUUUCUCUUUUUGUUCUUCAAGUAAAUUUUGAUGCUGCUAGUGGUGGUGGUGGUAAGGGAGGAUUUUGCAAGAGACUGGAAGAUUUGAAGUGGGUUUUUCAUGGUUGAUGAGCAGAAGCGGAGUUUGAAGAGUAGAGUAAGAAGGAAAAGCACUGUGCGGCCGUCAAUCUAACUAGGUUUUUUUGCUGUGUGUGACUGCGGCUAAUUUUCUCCUAGAAGAAGAAGAAGAAGAAGAAAAGAAAGGGGGCAGUAAUUGUUUUUUAACAAGAGCAAGAAAGGGUAUUUUGCGGUGUCUCUGAUUUUGGUGGGUUUUGGAAAAAAGAUGCAGCGAGAUCAUCCCAAGAAGGACUUAAAAGAUAUGGACUUUUUCACCGAGUACGGGGAUGCCAAUAGAUACAAAAUUCUGGAAGUUAUAGGAAAAGGAAGCUAUGGAGUUGUUUGUGCUGCAAUUGACACUCACACUGGAGAAAAAGUGGCAAUAAAAAAGAUCCAUGAUGUUUUUGAGCACAACUCUGAUGCUAUUAGGAUCUUGCGAGAAGUCAAGUUACUUAGGCUUUUACGACAUCCUGAUAUUGUAGAAAUUAAGCGCAUCAUGUUGCCAUCCUCAAAGAGGGAGUUUAAAGACAUAUUUGUUGUUUUUGAGCUCAUGGAGUCUGAUCUUCACCAAGUCAUCAAAGCUAAUGAUGAUUUGACACGUGAACACCAUCAGUUUUUUCUUUAUCAGAUGUUAAGAGCAUUGAAAUACAUGCAUACGGCAAAUGUUUACCAUAGAGAUCUUAAACCCAAGAAUAUAUUGGCAAAUGCAAAUUGCAAGCUUAAAGUUUGUGACUUUGGACUCGCUAGAGUAGCAUUUAGUGAUACACCAACCACUGUUUUUUGGACGGACUAUGUUGCAACAAGAUGGUAUAGGGCUCCAGAGCUGUGUGGCUCUUUUUCUUCAAAGUAUACACCAGCAAUUGAUAUUUGGAGUAUUGGCUGCAUAUUUGCUGAGGUAUUGACAGGGAAGCCAUUGUUUCCGGGUAAAAGUGUUGUUCAUCAGCUGGAUUUGAUCACUGAUCUUCUUGGGACUCCUUCACCAGAAACUAUUUCCGGAGUUCGAAAUGAGAAGGCAAGGAAGUACUUGACAGAAAUGAGGAAAAAACAGCCUGUGCCAUUUACACUUAAAUUUCCAAAUGCAGAUCCUUUAGCACUUAAGCUGUUGCAAAGACUUUUAGCAUUUGAUCCAAAAGAUCGACCUACUGCUGAACAGGCAUUAGCUGAUCCAUACUUUAAAGGCUUAGCCAAAAUUGAGAGAGAACCUUCUUGUCAGCCAAUCUCAAAGUUGGAGUUUGAGUUUGAGAGACGAAGGGUGACAAAGGAGGAUAUCCGGGAAUUGCUGUACCGCGAAAUACUGGAGUAUCAUCCACAGCUGCUCAAAGACUACAUGAAUGGAAAUGAAGGCACUAACUUUCUCUAUCCUAGUGCAAUUGGUCAAUUUAGAAAGCAGUUUGCCUAUCUUGAGGAAAACAGUGGUCGAAGUGCACCAGUGAUUCCUCUAGAGAGGAAGCAUGUCUCUCUUCCACGGUCUACUGUACACACAAAUACAAUCCCUCCUAAUAUGCAAUCAAGUUCAACUGCAUUUGAUAACCGGCAAGUUGCAGAAGAUGCUUCUAAAAAUUGUAGAGCAACAGAUGCAAUUUCUGGAAAUGCAUUGAAGGUUUCUCGACCUCCACCCAGAGUACCAACAGCAAAGCCAGGGAGAGUUGUUGGAUCAGUCGUACCAUAUGAAAAUAGCAGAAACAUCAAAGAUGCUUACGAUGCAAGGAUAUUUUAUAGAAAUGCUGUCCUCCCUCCACAGCAGACAGUGUCUCCUCACUGUUUCUUCAGGAACAACGCAAUGGCACAAGAAAAGUCGACUGUGUCUGAGAAGGAUACUUCGCUAGCAAAACAACCACUGCCCGAGUGUAACAUGGCAGCAAAACCAGGACCAGUCAUGGCGAUUGACAUGAAUACCAUACCGUACUAUCAACCAAAAGCUAAGGUGGAACAAUUAAAUGAGCGAAUUGCUAUAGAUGCAAAACUGCUGCAGGCACAAUCACAAUUUGGUGCAGCUGCCGUAGCUGUAGCUGCUCAUAGGAAUGUGGGAACUGUUCAAUAUGGAUUGUCCUAGGUGUACCGGCCUGCGAAGAAUCUAAUCGAGAAUGUUGGGAAAUUGGAGAUCUAUGGGUCUCUUCCUUGAGAGAGGGUCUGUCUUUACAGUCCUAGUCCAGUCCCUGCAGUAUCUAUUUAAGUCCUCGUGUAAUUAGAAUCAGACGGCAUUGAUUUUAUUAAUGAAAAUAAAUUCCCUUUGUAUUAGAAGAAAACAA